AUGGCGGCGCGCGGCGACGCUUCUGACUCAAUGGAAGGCGGCGUCCGCGCAGCCCUCGUGGGGGGGCGCAAGGCGGCACGUUCAACGCUUGCCUCGGCCCACCUCGCCAUCACGCCCGCCGCCGCGACCAAGGAGCUGGCCUCGGCGGCCCAGACGAAGCCCGUGCGGCUCGUUUGGGAGCCGCGCGCCGUCCCUCUCUCGCCCGCGCUGCUCGCCACGCCGAAGCCCACGUCCCUCCGGCCGCAGGCGCCGCCAAGGAGCGUGCAUCGGGCGUACAAAAUGGCCGCGGGGCGCAGCUCCAGCGAGGCUGUCUCUUUGGCCCGAAGCAGCAUCAUCGACCAUCCCGACCCCGUGGGGGCCGGGGCGGGCCAGCCAGACGUACUGACAAAGGCGGCCACAAGCAGCACCAUCGCUACCAGCGCCACCGUGCCGGCGCUGGCCAAAAUCGUCGACAUCGCGUCGGCACUCUCUACGGCGCGCCUGGGCUCGCAGAGGGUGGCCUGGGCGGCGCCUCCAGCCGGGCCGAGCGGCGCCAGCUGGUAG